AUGAUGUUCAUUAUUUACAAGCGAGCGAUUUUAUUGUUAACAUUCUUUAUAUAUCUAUUUGCAAAAAUAAUUGAUGCUCAAGAGUUACCCGAUACAAAUGAUGCUUGUAGUCCAAUUACAGAUCCAAUCAAUGGAUUUAAAGUGAGAUGGUAUAAUUAUACCUAUAAUGAUGGUACCACCUUUAGUAACUUAGAUUACAUGGCAUAUGGAUAUUAUCAAAACUCUGCACCAUAUCAUUUUCAAAAUGGUGUAAGUACUGUUACCUUUGCAACAGGAUAUCCAUGUUAUUACAAUGAAAGUGAUUUGGCCGAUUAUUUUAUUUGUAAAACAGCUCAUUAUUUUUUAAAUCCUGGAGUAAGCUAUCCAUGGACUUGUCCAGAUGCAGAUGCUCCAUAUAAUAGCUACAUUUCUCCAGAAACCGGUGAUUAUACUUUUACGCUAGGAAAUGUUGAUGAUUCUGCUGGUGUUUUAUUUGGGGAUAAUGCCUUUGGAUGUUGUGAACAAAAUGAUAUUACUGCUACUUCAACAGAUUUUUUUCUUAAUGCUAUAAGAGGUUGGUAUUCAGGAGUAGAUGGUGACAGUUCAAGUGAAAAGACGCUAUUUGGUGGAUUAUAUUAUCCACUAAGAAUUGUAUUUACCAAUGCCUUAGGAAAAGCAAAUAUGAAUUUCACAGUAACUUUACCGGAUGGAACUGUAAUGAGUGAUUUUACAAAUUACGUAUUUACAUUCGAUGGAAAAGAAUCUUAUUGCCCAGCCUAUGAACACAAUACUACUACCUACACGCCAUGGACUGGUGCAUUUACUUCUACCAUUGGUACUAGUGUAACUACCAGUAUUGGCUCAGACGGUAUUCCAACUACAUCUACCAUUUACACCGUUGAAACUCCAGAAGUUGAUGCUGUUACAACCACCUACAUACCAUGGACUGGUUUUGUUACAUCUACUAUUGGUAAUAGCAUUAUAACUACUACCGGUUCCGAUGGUAUUUCAACCACCUUUACCAUUUAUACAGUACAAACUCCAAUGAUUCCAGCUGAUAGUACUACAUAUGAAGCUUGGACUGGAUCUGUUACUACUACUGUUGGUACUUCAAUUUUUACUACUACUGGUACUGAUGGAGUACCAACCACAUCUACCAUCUACACAGUGCAAACGCCUACCAACAAUGGUGUUACUACCACUAAUGUACCAUGGACUGGGUCUGUUACUUCCACUGUGGGUACUAGUGUAUUUACCACUACCGGUACUGAUGGAUUGCCAACAACAUCUACCAUCUACACAGUGCAAACGCCUACCAAUCGUAGGGAUUCGACUACUAAUGUACCAUGGACUGGGUUUGUUACUUCCACUGUAGGUACUAGUGUAUUUACCACUACCGGUACUGAUGAUUUGCCAACCACAUCUACCAUCUACACAGUGCAAACGCCUACCAACAAUGGUGUUACUACCACUAAUGUACCAUGGACUGGGUUUGUUACUUCCACUGUAGGUACCAGUGUAUUUACCACUACCGGUACUGAUGGAUUGCCAACAACAUCUACCAUCUACACAGCGCAAACGCCUAUCAAUCGUAGGGAUUCGACUACUAAUGUACCAUGGACUGGGUUUGUUACUUCCACUGUGGGUACUAGUGUAUUUACCGCUAUCGGUACUGAUGGAUUGCCAACAACAUCUACCAUCUACACAGUGCAAACGCCUAUCAAUCGUAGGGAUUCGACUACUAAUGUACCAUGGACUGGGUUUGUUACUUCCACUGUAGGUACUAGUGUAUUUACCACUACCGGUACUGAUGAUUUGCCAACCACAUCUACCAUCUACACAGUGCAAACGCCUACCAACAAUGGUGUUACUACCACUAAUGUACCAUGGACUGGGUUUGUUACUUCCACUGUAGGUACCAGUGUAUUUACCACUACCGGUACUGAUGGAUUGCCAACAACAUCUACCAUCUACACAGUGCAAACGCCUAUCAAUCGUAGGGAUUCGACUACUAAUGUACCAUGGACUGGGUUUGUUACUUCCACUGUAGGUACUAGUGUAUUUACCACUACCGGUACUGAUGGAUUGCCAACAACAUCUACCAUCUACACAGUGCAAACGCCUACCAACAAUGGUGUUACUACCACUAAUGUACCAUGGACUGGGUUUGUUACUUCCACUGUAGGUACCAGUGUAUUUACCACUACCGGUACUGAUGGAUUGCCAACAACAUCUACCAUCUACACAGUGCAAACGCCUAUCAAUCGUAGGGAUUCGACUACUAAUGUACCAUGGACUGGGUUUGUUACUUCCACUGUAGGUACUAGUGUAUUUACCACUACCGGUACUGAUGAUUUGCCAACCACAUCUACCAUCUACACAGUGCAAACGCCUACCAACAAUGGUGUUACUACCACUAAUGUACCAUGGACUGGGUUUGUUACUUCCACUGUAGGUACCAGUGUAUUUACCACUACCGGUACUGAUGGAUUGCCAACAACAUCUACCAUCUACACAGUGCAAACGCCUACCAAUCGUAGGGAUUCGACUACUAAUGUACCAUGGACUGGGUUUGUUACUUCCACUGUAGGUACUAGUGUAUUUACCACUACCGGUACUGAUGGAUUGCCAACCACAUCUACCAUCUACACAGUGCAAACACCUACCAACAAUGGUGUUACUACCACUAAUGUACCAUGGACUGGGUCUGUUACUUCCACUGUAGGUACUAGUGUAUUUACCACUACCGGUACUGAUGGAUUGCCAACAACAUCUACCAUCUACACAGUGCAAACGCCUACCAACAAUGGUGUUACUACCACUAAUGUACCAUGGACUGGGUUUGUUACUUCCACUGUAGGUACCAGUGUAUUUACCACUACCGGUACUGAUGGAUUGCCAACAACAUCUACCAUCUACACAGUGCAAACGCCUACCAAUCGUAGGGAUUCGACUACUAAUGUACCAUGGACUGGGUUUGUUACUUCCACUGUGGGUACUAGUGUAUUUACCACUACCGGUACUGAUGGAUUGCCAACAACAUCUACCAUCUACACAGUGCAAACGCCUACCAACAAUGGUGUUACUACCACUAAUGUACCAUGGACUGGGUUUGUUACUUCCACUGUAGGUACCAGUGUAUUUACCACUACCGGUACUGAUGGAUUGCCAACAACAUCUACCAUCUACACAGUGCAAACGCCUAUCAAUCGUAGGGAUUCGACUACUAAUGUACCAUGGACUGGGUUUGUUACUUCCACUGUAGGUACUAGUGUAUUUACCACUACCGGUACUGAUGGAUUGCCAACCACAUCUACCAUCUACACAGUGCAAACACCUACCAACAAUGGUGUUACUACCACUAAUGUACCAUGGACUGGGUCUGUUACUUCCACUGUAGGUACCAGUGUAUUUACCACUACCGGUACUGAUGGAUUGCCAACAACAUCUACCAUCUACACAGUGCAAACGCCUAUCAAUCGUAGGGAUUCGACUACUAAUGUACCAUGGACUGGGUUUGUUACUUCCACUGUGGGUACCAGUGUAUUUACCACUACCGGUACUGAUGGAUUGCCAACAACAUCUACCAUCUACACAGUGCAAACGCCUAUCAAUCGUAGGGAUUCGACUACUAAUGUACCAUGGACUGGGUUUGUUACUUCCACUGUGGGUACUAGUGUAUUUACCACUACCGGUACUGAUGGAUUGCCAACAACAUCUACCAUCUACACAGUGCAAACACCUACCAACAAUGGUGUUACUACCACUAAUGUACCAUGGACUGGGUCUGUUACUUCCACUGUAGGUACCAGUGUAUUUACCACUACCGGUACUGAUGGAUUGCCAACAACAUCUACCAUCUACACAGUGCAAACGCCUACCAACAAUGGUGUUACUACCACUAAUGUACCAUGGACUGGGUUUGUUACUUCCACUGUAGGUACCAGUGUAUUUACCACUACCGGUACUGAUGGAUUGCCAACAACAUCUACCAUCUACACAGUGCAAACGCCUAUCAAUCGUAGGGAUUCGACUACUAAUGUACCAUGGACUGGGUUUGUUACUUCCACUGUAGGUACUAGUGUAUUUACCACUACCGGUACUGAUGGAUUGCCAACAACAUCUACCAUCUACACAGUGCAAACGCCUACCAACAAUGGUGUUACUACCACUAAUGUACCAUGGACUGGGUUUGUUACUUCCACUGUAGGUACCAGUGUAUUUACCACUACCGGUACUGAUGAUUUGCCAACCACAUCUACCAUCUACACAGUGCAAACGCCUACCAAUCGUAGGGAUUCGACUACUAAUGUACCAUGGACUGGGUUUGUUACUUCCACUGUAGGUACUAGUGUAUUUACCACUACCGGUACUGAUGGAUUGCCAACAACAUCUACCAUCUACACAGUGCAAACGCCUACCAACAAUGGUGUUACUACCACUAAUGUACCAUGGACUGGGUUUGUUACUUCCACUGUAGGUACCAGUGUAUUUACCACUACCGGUACUGAUGGAUUGCCAACAACAUCUACCAUCUACACAGUGCAAACGCCUAUCAAUCGUAGGGAUUCGACUACUAAUGUACCAUGGACUGGGUUUGUUACUUCCACUGUGGGUACCAGUGUAUUUACCACUACCGGUACUGAUGGAUUGCCAACAACAUCUACCAUCUACACAGUGCAAACGCCUAUCAAUCGUAGGGAUUCGACUACUAAUGUACCAUGGACUGGGUUUGUUACUUCCACUGUGGGUACUAGUGUAUUUACCACUACCGGUACUGAUGGAUUGCCAACAACAUCUACCAUCUACACAGUGCAAACGCCUACCAACAAUGGUGUUACUACCACUAAUGUACCAUGGACUGGGUUUGUUACUUCCACUGUAGGUACCAGUGUAUUUACCACUACCGGUACUGAUGGAUUACCAACAACAUCUACCAUCUACACAGUGCAAACGCCCACCAACAAUGGUGUUAUUACCACUAAUGUACCAUGGACUGGGUCUGUUACAUCUGCUAUUGGUACUAGUGUUAUCACUACUACUGGUACUGAUGGUAGACCAUCCACUUCCACCAUAUACACAGUUGAAACACCAGCCAAUUAUGACAUUAGUACUACAUUCACAUCUUGGGGUGGUGCUUACACUUCGACGUAUUCCACUAACAUUUUCACUGUUACUGGCUCUAAUGGAUUGUCUACCACUUCCACUAUCAUUUACGUUGAAACACCAGGAUUUGGUUAUUUCAACACUACCAGUUCUAAAUCUUUACCAUUGACUUGUAUUCCAGAUACCACUAAUACUGGGCCAUUUACAAACCCAAGCAAAGGUAGCUCCACUUCAAAAACCUUUACUAAUCCAGCUCCAGGUACUACCUCUACUUCCGAAACUGUUUCUCCAGUUAAUCCAACUACUGAGACACCUGGAUUGCCUUCUAGUGUUACAAGAACUACUGUGAUUGUUACAUCUGGCAGAACUAUAACCUCGACUAUUGUCACAUGCGAUGCUACUACCACCACUAUUCCAAACAACAACAACAACAAUAAUGGUGGUUCUAACAAUUCCGGUUCCGAAGUUUAUUCUGUUAGUUCUGAGACUUCCAAUACACCAGUUACUGUUACUAAGACUAGUGUGUACACUACAUCUGGUAGUACCAUUACUGCUACUAUCACCUCCACUAUUGUUCCAAAUAACAACAACAACAACGGUGGAUCUGGUAGUUCUGAAACUGGUAAUACACCAGUCACUGUUACCAAGACUAGUGUAUUCACUACUUCGGGUAGUACCAUUACUGCCACUAUCACCUCUACUAUUGUUCCAAAUGACAACAACAACAACGGUGGAUCUGGUAGUUCUGAGACUGCUAAUACACCAGUUACUGUUACUAAGACUAGUGUGUACACUACAUCAGGUAGUACCAUUACUGCCACUAUCACCUCUACUAUUGUUCCAAAUAACAACAACAACAAUGGUGGAUCUGGUAGUUCCGAAACUGCUAAUACACCAGUUACUGUUACUAAGACUAGUGUGUACACUACAUCUGGUAGCACCAUUACUGCUACUAUCACCUCUACUAUUGUUCCAAAUAACAACAACAACAAUGGUGGAUCUGGUAGUUCCGAAACUGGUAAUACACCAGUUACUGUUACCAAGACUAGUGUGUACACUACAUCUGGUAGCACAAUUACUGCUACUAUCACCUCUACUAUUGUUCCAAACAACAAUAAUAACAAUGGUGGAUCUGGUAGUUCUGAGGCUGCUAAUACACCAGUUACUGUUACUAAGACUAGUGUGUUUACCACAUCUGGUAGUAUCAUUACUGCUACUAUCACCUCUACUAUCGUUCCAAACAACAACAACAACAACAACGGUGGAUCUGGUAGUUCCGAAACUGCUAAUACACCAGUUACUGUUACCAAGACUAGCGUGUACACUACAUCAGGUAGUACCAUCACAUCUGUUAUUACAUCUACUAUUGUUCCAAACAAUAAUAAUGAAAAUGGAUCAGGUUCUUCAGGCAAUGCUAGUGAAUAUGUUGAGACUAUUUCUUCUGGUUCUGUUUAUACCACUGUUACCAAGAGUGGCAAUGGCAACUCUGGUAAUUCCAUCAAUGUUGUUACCAAGACCACAUCUGGUAGCAAAGUUAUUACUACUACUAUUCAAUCAGAAACUGUUUCUAGUACAACUGGUAUUGAAGUUCAAAGUAUUCAAUCUCAACCAGGAUCUAGUGGAUUAAUUUCUAUUUACCAAGCUGGUGCUGUUUCAAACAGAAUAUCGACUUUCAAGAUGUCCUUUACUUUAUUUGUUUUAUUUUUCAAUUUAUUUUAA